GGCGCGCGUCGGCCGUGGUCGGGAGCCCCGCGGCGCACCAUGUCGGACGGGCCCGAGGCCUCCGCGGCCUCCGCGGCGGACGACGCCGACUACGACGCCGACUACGACGCCAAGUGCGUGUUCUGCCGCAUCGGCCGCCGCCAGGAGGCGCACACCACGCUGCUGCCCUGCCAGUAUGAAGAGCUCGUUUGCUUCAGAGAUAUCAGACCUGGAGCUCCGCACCAUUACCUGGUGGUGCCCAAGAAGCACCUGGGGAACUGCAAGACGCUAAAGAAAGAUGACGUGACCUUAGUGGAGAAGAUGGUGACGGCAGGAAAAACCAUCCUCCAGAAGAAUAACUUCACUCAUCUGGACGAUGUGCGGAUGGGUUUCCACUGGCCUCCGUUCUGUUCCAUCUCCCAUCUGCACCUUCACGUCCUGGCUCCAGCGAGUCGGCUGAGCUUCUUAUCCAGGAUGGUUUACAGAGUCAAUUCGUACUGGUUCAUCACGGCCGAUCAGCUGAUCGAACGACUGCGGGCCGGGAGCGAGAGCAGUUGAAGGAAGCGGCUUCCCUGAUCCCGGCUCACGGCGGACUGACGUUUUCGAUCCUUCGGCGGCUGAUGAAAGCCGUGUGAGCCGUGGUGCGUGUAAGUGACGGGGCCCCCGGACGUGGCCUUGAGUAUCUGUCCGGGAGAGGGACACGCUGAUCCGUUUCGACCGCGGGCUUUUUCACGAGGCGCGAGGUGAGGUCCGCCUGAGCGCUCCGUCAUAACCCGGGGAAUCUUCUGGAGGAAUAUUUACGGCGCAUUAGGUCUGACCCGGAUGUAUUAAAACCGGCAACCGUGGUUGCCCGAUGGCGCGUUUCACGUACCGCGGUCGGAUCGGCGGCUCAAUCUAAUCUAAUGCUUCUCGGUCAAAAAGAAAUGCUCGGGGAUGUACGGAAUUAUUGAUUUCCAGCCCCGGCGGGGCCUACGGAAGGGAUGUUAUCGACGCUCUAGCGGGGUAGGUGUAAUUCUCACGGAAAAGAAACCGUUACUUGGGUGCCGUACCUUUUGCCGUACAUCGGUGACGGUUUCGCACGGAAAGGGGUGACCGGAGGUGCUCCCGAAACAGACGCGUUGUGGGGACGCUCGUCGCCGGGUGUUAGAAUUAGGGUUUGUGCGUACAGCUGGUCUGAGGUCAACGUUUGAUGUCUUUUCGGGGGUGAUCUGACUAACGGAACAUUUAUUAGGUAGUUGAGAACACUGACUAGUGACGAGGAGGGCCGGGACUCUUCCCUCCCUGGAGUCGGAGCGGUCGUUCCCGCGGGAGGUGAAUUGGGGAAUGUCAUCGGAAUUCCCGGUGGGUUUGGAGGGUCGGGCGUGGGCGAGGGCGGUGGUUCGGCCAGUCGCGUUUAUUGAGCGCUCACUGUGCGCUGAGCACUGUACUAAGCGCGUGGGAGAAUACAGUCAACAGACACAUUCCCUGCCCACGACGACCUGACAGUCUAGACGGGGAGGGGAAUCCGGCCAGAAUAGCAGCAGGCUGGGAUGGGAGAUGUGGGGGGGAGUCCCAUAGCCCGGAGUGACCCAAACAAAAUCGAUCGCCCCAUCAACCGACCCUGUUUAUCGAGUGCUCACUGUCCGCAGAGCACCGUACUAAGCGCCGUACGGUAAAACAGACGUCAUAAAGACGUUCUCUGCCCCCAGCCAGAGCUGGUCGUUCCCGUGCUCCCGGCUUGACGGAACAAGCCAAAGCGAUCGAAUCGUUCGGGGAAGGAAUUUCAGACCCGGCCGUCCGUUACCGGCCGCCUCCUCCUCGGCCUUGGAUGGGCAGAGUCGAUCGGGCCUCGGGGACGCACGCGCGGGCGACGGGCAGGGAUACGAUGCCGUCGUAACUCUCGGCGGCGAGAUUCCCCGAACGGAAAACCCCGUUCAGGGUGGCCCCGCGGCGGGUCACCGUCGUCACUCUCAAAUAAAAUUUCUCUUCCUUGUCCCACCUGGACGACGAUCGGAAAUCUCCAUUUAGAGUAGCGGUCGUAUUUAACGCCUGGGUCUGGGGCGCGUCGGUUCCCCGCGGUUGGGAAGUUGGUAGGGCCCUGGCGGUUUCACUCGGUUCUGUCAGUCGAGCGGGCCUGAGGGGCUCUGUGGUUUUUUUGGCAACCUGAGGAGAGAAAAAGAAAAUCCCCAAUUGAAGAAAGAAACCACCCUUCGUCACUCCGAGGACGUCACUUAUAAUUACUGCGAUGCCGUGGACCAGUUUGUGGGUUAUAUGCAGAACCGUCAGUGGUGCUGAGUCGAAGCAGGAUGAUAAAAUGAGCCAUUGCAAACUGCUGUGUAACGGGGAAAGCUAAAUAAAAAAGCAGAUAAACUGCG